CUCUCUCUCUCUCUCUCUCUCAGCUCCAGUCAUUCCCUUGCUAUUAAUCUCUGACUACGACUACCACUACUAUUCCUGUUCAGUCUCCCAAUGUCCGCGUCUAAUGGCUUCCAAUUUCCUUCGGGAAUUAGGGCCAAUUACGGUUUUUCUAGCUUUUCUUUUAGAAAUGUGAAAUUUAACUUCUAGUGUACUGCGUUUAAGUGUGGUUAAUUUCGGAAGUGAGGUUUUUAGCGGGUGGGGGGAAGAGGCGGAGGGGUAUUAUCUUGAUGGCGGUCUGGGCCUCUUCUUUUACUACUAGUAUUUGCCUAAUUCUGGUGGCUUCUCGGUUAUCACCAGCCUCCGGCGACAUCGAACGCAAUGCUUUGAAUGCGCUGAAGAACAACUUAGUUGAUCCUAACAACGUUUUACAAAGCUGGGGUCCUACAAAUGCCAGUCACUGCAGAUGGUUCCAUGUCACGUGCAACUCUCAAAACAACGUUACAAGAGUCCUCAGUGAUCUUGGGAAUGCAAAUUUAACUGGGCAACUCGUUCCACAACUUGCACACCUUCGAAGUUUGGAGUACCUGGAACUUUUCGCUAACAAUUUAAGUGGACAAGUUCCUAAUGAGCUCGGGAAUUUGACAAAAUUGGUGAGCUUGGAUCUUUAUCUCAACAAUUUGAGUGGUCCCAUCCCGAAAUCGUUGGGCAAUCUCCAGAAAUUACGCUUCCUGCGGCUCAACAACAACAGUUUGUCUGGAAAUAUUCCUUUGUCAUUGACUACGAUCCCAACACUUGAAGUCCUUGAUCUAUCAAACAAUCGUUUGACAGGCGUAAUCCCAGUUAAUGGCUCGUUUUCACUUUUUAAUAACACCAGUUUUGCAAAUAAUGAUUUGGUAUUUCCUCCGGCUGCUCCACCUCCUCCACUUCCGCCCUCACCACAAUCGACUUCUCGAGGUUUGUUAUACUUUCACACGGAUAGGAGGGGUGGUGGUGGCCCCCUCCGUUCCGUUUUUAAUUUUUCGGUCAUUUUCCGAACACGCUUUGAUGAUUGGCUGUGUUAAUUUUGUAGAGCUUGG